UUCUGUGACGCACACAGUGGCGCGCGUGGGACCCGAGGGCUGGGGCUGGGUUUAGUAGGAGACCUGGGGGCCGGGGCCGCCUGUAGACGCCCAUUUGCCAGCUUCUCUUGCUCCGCCGAUUAGGAGGAGCGGUGGCGACCUCGGCCUCCAGUGUCUCCGGCGAAGUGAAGUGGCGGCGGCGGCCAGGAUGAUGUUGCUGGGCUUGCUGCAGGCGGGCGGGUCAGUGCUGGGUCAGGCGAUGGAGAAGGUGACAGGCGGCAACCUCCUGUCCAUGCUGCUGAUCGCCUGCGCCUUCACCCUCAGCCUGGUCUACCUGUUCCGUGUCGCCGCCGGCCACUUGGUCCAGCUGCCGGUAGGGGCGAAAAAUCCUCCAUACAUUGUCUCCCCGAUUCCAUUCCUUGGGCAUGCUAUAGCAUUUGGGAAAAGUCCAAUUGAAUUUCUAGAAAAUGCAUAUGAGAAGUAUGGACCUGUAUUUAGUUUUACCAUGGUAGGCAAGACAUUUACUUACCUUCUGGGGAGUGAUGCCGCUGCACUGCUUUUUAAUAGUAAAAAUGAAGACCUGAAUGCAGAAGAUGUCUACAGUCGCCUGACAACACCUGUGUUUGGGAAGGGAGUUGCAUACGAUGUGCCUAAUCCAGUUUUCUUGGAGCAGAAGAAAAUGUUAAAAAGUGGCCUUAACAUAGCCCACUUUAAACAGCAUGUUUCUAUAAUUGAAAAAGAAACAAAGGAAUACUUUCAGAGUUGGGGAGAAAGUGGAGAAAAAAAUGUGUUUGAAGCUCUUUCUGAGCUCAUAAUUUUAACAGCUAGCCAUUGUUUGCAUGGAAAGGAAAUCAGAAGUCAACUCAAUGAAAAGGUGGCACAGCUAUAUGCGGAUUUGGAUGGAGGUUUCAGCCAUGCAGCCUGGCUAUUACCAGGGUGGCUGCCUUUGCCUAGUUUCAGACGCAGGGACAGAGCUCAUCGGAAAAUAAAGAAUAUUUUCUACAAGGUAAUCCAGAAACGCAGACAGUCUGAAGAAAAAAUUGAUGACAUUCUCCAAACUUUACUAGAUUCUACCUACAAGGACGGGCGUCCUUUAACCGAUGAUGAAGUAGCAGGGAUGCUUAUCGGACUGCUCUUGGCAGGGCAGCAUACAUCCUCAACUACUAGUGCUUGGAUGGGCUUCUUUUUGGCCAGAGACAAAACACUUCAAGAAAAAUGUUAUUUAGAACAGAAAACAGUCUGUGGAGAGGAUCUGCCUCCUUUAACUUAUGACCAGCUCAAGGAUCUAAAUUUACUUGAUCGCUGUAUAAAAGAAACAUUAAGACUUAGACCUCCUAUAAUGACCAUGAUGAGAAUGGCUAAAACUCCUCAGACUGUGGCAGGGUAUACCAUUCCUCCAGGACAUCAGGUGUGUGUUUCUCCCACUGUCAAUCAAAGACUUAAGGACUCAUGGGUAGAACGUUUGGACUUUAAUCCUGAUCGCUACUUACAGGAUAACCCAGCAUCAGGAGAAAAGUUUGCCUAUGUGCCGUUUGGAGCUGGGCGUCAUCGUUGUAUUGGGGAAAAUUUUGCCUAUGUUCAAAUUAAGACAAUUUGGUCCACUAUGCUUCGUUUAUAUGAAUUUGAUCUCAUUGAUGGAUACUUUCCCACUGUGAAUUAUACGACUAUGAUUCACACCCCUGAAAACCCAGUUAUCCGUUACAAACGAAGAUCAAAAUGAAAAAGGCUACAAGGAACUAAUAUAUGUGAUCAUCACUGUAAGCCACAAAACCAUUCGAAGAGAAUGAAGUGCAUAAAACAAUUCUUGUGGUGUACUGUUUUUUUGAGUAAUUCUAAAAGCCAAUUUAUCAUUUAGUAUUUUGUUAACUGAAUGGUUCUAUCAAAUGUAAUAGCAUUUGAAACAUUUUCUAAUAGUUAUGAAACUUAUACACGUGUGCUUUCAGGAAGUUUAUUAGCAAAACAAUUGUUCAGGGGGAUCUAAGGAAUUGGCAGAUUCUAAGUAAUGUAAUUUCCAGGUAGUAAUUUUAUGAGUACACAUAGCUCUCGGCAGAUAAGUUUAGGGUAUUCAAAUCUUGGACUAAUCCUGCAAGGCAUAAAGAAUAAAAAUUCCAAUGAGAUACUUGGAAACCACAGGUUAUUAUUUAUCUGGGCAAUUAUUGUGUGUGUGAGGAUGGAGGGGUAGGGAAUAAACGAACAUCUAAAGUCUUGAAUAAGAGAAUACUAAUUGUUUUGGUAUGAUGAUAGAAAUGGAGAUGUUAUAGAAAAAAAUAUAUAUACUUUGGGAUUUUAACUAAAAUCACUGCAUAUAGGAAAUUAAGAGAUGUAGGACCAUAUUUGAUAAGAUUUCCUAAAAGUAUUCUUAAUGCUAAAGACUGCUCAUGUAUUUUGAUCUAAUCACUAAAUAUUACAUAUUUACCUAUCUGAUAAAAUAUGUAUCUAGUUCUACAAGGUCACAUUUAUGUGGAAGUCCAAAGUCAAAUCCUUAGGGGAUAAUUUUAUUUCUCUUUGGCUCAGGUUGUUUCUGCUUCCUCUCUAGAAUCCAGUUAGGGAUGUUUGUUACUACUUAUGUUGAUUAAAACAGCUAAUAAACUUUUUUCUUUUUAAAUAUAAAAUGUGAGAUCAGUGAAUUCUGGCUUUAAGAUAAUCUGAAACAAGGUCCUUUGGAGUAAUUGGUCACUUUCUGUUAAGCACAUUCUGUUGAGGAAUCAACUUAUCUCAAAUUGUAACUGGAAGCCUAAUUAUAUGAGAUGGCUGAAAAAAGACCACAUAGUCCGUUUUCACUCGAGUAUGCCAAAAUAUUUUUCCUUAUGUAUAUUACAAUUCUUUUUAAAAGGCUGGAAGACUUAUGUUAAACUCUAAUUGUGAAGGCAGAAUUUCUGCUUAUAAUUUUUCACAUUAAAAUUCUCUUU